AUUCUUCUUGUGUCACUAUGGGUUACAGGAUGGUUCAUGGAACAUGAUGCAACUCUCCUGCUUUCCUCUUGGAUGGCUGGGACUCAAAGGGGCAGAUGACUGCACUUUAACUGAAUUAUUUCUUUUUCCUGUAAGGAUUAGUGAUUUUCAUCUGAAUCUUGUUUUCUAGCACCUCAACUCAGUCCACUCAUUGAAGAGUCUUGGUCUGCUAGAUCAGCUCCUUCCAGAUGCCCUUUGGCACGCUAGAUAUUCUGCUGUACACCGUACUGGCCUGUGUUUUCCAAAAAUCCUUCAUAGAGAGGACCCUAUGUUAUUGCAGAAGACGAAGCUGAGUACUUUGGGUAAUGGUAAUUGAGGAUGACAGCCCCCUGGCGAAUUUGCUGCAAUAAAAAAUCCAGACACAGGAAUGGAGAAAUUGAAAUGGAYGAUAUGGCAGACUCGAAAGAAAAAAUGCAGAUGAAAAAAGAAAUCACUUUACUAAAUGGAAUUUCUUUGAUUGUAGGGAACAUGAUCGGCUCUGGAAUAUUUGUGUCCCCUAGAGGCGUUUUAAUGUAUAGCACUUCCUAUGGACUCUCUCUAGUCAUCUGGGCUCUUGGUGGGAUCUUUUCACUCUUUGGAGCACUAUGUUAUGCUGAAUUGGGAACUUCCAUUGUUAAAUCUGGAGCCAGUUAUGCCUAUAUCCUGGAAGCAUUUGGUGCCUUUGUGGCCUUCAUCAGACUGUGGUCUUCCUUGCUGAUUAUCGAACCAACAACUCAGGCAGUGAUAGCCAUCACAUUUGCUAACUAUAUUGUUCAACCAAUUUUUCCACACUGUGAGCCACCAUAUGAUGCAGUCAGAUUGAUUGCAGCUGCUUGUAUUUGUUCCUUAACAUUUAUUAAUUGUGUUAAUGUGAAGUGGGGAACCCGGGUACAAGAUAUCUUCACAUAUGCAAAAGUUAUGGCUCUUAUCGUGGUGAUAUCUGUUGGCCUUUAUAAAAUUGGUCAAGGAAAAACAGAAAACCUUAGAGCUCCAUUUGAUGGUUCAGCAACAGACGCCGGGAUGAUCGCACUGGCUCUGUAUUCCGCCCUCUUCUCCUACUCGGGAUGGGACACGCUGAAUUACGUCACUGAGGAAAUGCAGAAUCCCGAGAGGAAUCUUCCUAUUUCUAUUGCAAUUUCGAUGCCUAUUGUGACUGUUAUCUACUUGCUGACUAAUGUGGCAUACUAUGUAGUGUUGGACAUGUCCGACCUCCUCACGAGUGAUGCAGUGGCUGUGACAUUUGGCAAUGAAACCCUUAGUUAUGCUAAGUGGAUUAUUCCUAUAGCAGUCGCCAUGUCUUGCUACAGUGGGYUAAACUCAUCAAUAAUAGCAGCUUCUAGGCUUUUUUAUGUUGGAGCCAGGGAAGGACACCUGCCUAAAAGCCUGAGCUUGAUUCAUAUCAAGUGUUUCACGCCAGUGCCUGCUCUUCUCUUCAAUGGUUUAAUGACUUUGCUUUAUCUCCUUGUGGAAGAUGUUUUCCUUCUCAUUAACUACUACUGCUUCAACUACUGGCUCUUUGUGGGUCUGUCUAUUGCAGGACUAAUAUAUCUGAGAUAUACUCAGCCUCGUAGACCACGGCCUAUUAAACUUAACCUCCUCUUUCCUAUAGUGUACUGCCUGUGUUCCCUGUUCCUGGUUAUAGUUCCUCUCUACAGCGACACAGUUAAUUCCCUUAUUGGGAUUGGKAUUGCCCUUUCGGGCAUUCCUGCUUAUUAUUUGGGAGUCUAUCUGCCAAUUGAAAAAAGACCUAAAUGGCUACAGUGGCUCUCUGCUACAUCAACAAAAUACAUUCAGAUGCUCUUCUACUGUGCUCUGACGGACCUGGACAUAGAUAAGGAACCUACAGAAGCAAAGAGUGAAUAGAGGUGUCCUGACCUCUAGAGUAAUUACUCCUCUAGAGUAAUUUCUGUAAUCUAAAGUUUUCCCCAUGUGUUUGGUUGCACUAAAGCACUAUCAUCUAUUGUACCAUGUAUCAUUUGAAUGUCUGUUAAUUUGUGCUUGUUUUAAAAAACCAUUGCUGCUGAAGGCACUUGCYGGUUCCUGCUUGAUUUUUUUUUAAAUUUCAUGUUUGUUAAUAGUGAAUAAACAGCUUAUUGAAUAGCACUUUGAAAUUUAUAAAGCACUAUGUGAACAAACAUUUUUUAGUACAUAAUUACUGAGUUAAUUCCAAAAACUAAAUAAAAUUAUUAAGUCUGGUCAAAAUAUUGAGAAAUCAAUUGAUAAAUAUAACAAAAGGUAAAUCAGAUAUUUCAAGAUUCAAAAUCUGAGAGAUGGAAAGGAAGGCAGGGAGGAAAUGGUUGAGCCAGUAUAGCAUAAUAGUUGUUACCUUUCCUAGAAAGAGAUCUAGGUUUCAUCAUCCUAUUUAAAUACCUGGAGCCAGAAAAUAGCAAGGGCUAUAAAAGCCAAAUAGAGUUUCAUACUUUUUUCUGAUCCAAAUUGACAUUCCUAUCUUCUUGGAAGUGAUGGCCCAGGUACCUUUGCUUUUCUUCAUUGAUUCUUUCCUUCUCGUAGUGUACCAUUCUCUUUGUCACUUCUCUCUUAUUCUGCUUGAUUCCCCCAUGUCUCUUCCWGAUCUACUUUUUCAUAAAAAAUGCAAUAAAAAGAGAUCUUUUAUAUUAUUUUGGAUUAUUUUUGAUCAUAGCAGUGAUGUCAGUCAUAUGGCAGAUAUUAGAAUGAACAGUCCUUAAUGCCACAUGCGUUACCAAAUGACCAUUUUGACCUAUCCAACUCCCCUAAGAGAUCGUUACCCUACCAUAAGGAUCCUCUAGAGAGGGGCACCGGAUCUCAGCCUUGCCUACUGGAUAGCAUAAAGAGUUUGCUGCUCGCUGACAAGUUCUUGUAAGCACCUCUCUGCUGUCAGUGAAUUUCAUGAAAUAAAAAGGCAUUAAGGACUAUAUCUAAUGUUUCAAAUAUAAAAUUUUUCAGUGUGGUACAUUACGAUGCCAAAAUACCCGUCCUAAUUCCCAAUCUCCUGAAAUGGGAGAUAGUAACUACAUAUAUAUAUAUUUAUAUAAAAGGAUAAGCAACAUAAAUUAAAAAAAAAGUCUGCCUCAGCUCUGAUAUGUACAACCCUUUGUUAUCCUUGUUGGCAAGUUGUAGAUUUCUUUUUGCAACUAUAUGGRAAUAUAUCAUAUAAGGUUUGUAAUUUUAAUGUAAUCAUUCCUAUUCAGUUAGCCUUACUUAGGGUAAUUUUAAUCCAAUACAAGUUCCUUUAGCUUCUUGUUAAUGUGUGCUCACAGAAUGAAGAAUCCAAGAAGGAAGGGGGAAGAAGGGUGGCUGUUGACACAAAACCUUUCUUCUUGCUCUCCCACAUUGUGUGAUUAUCUUCAGGAUUGUGGUUUUGUGCAUCACCAGCCCAGUGUUGUUGAGAGGGUUCCCAUAUAAACYGAUACUUGGAAUUCAAUGCCAUCUACUGCAGCUGUUUCUCUUCCAGAUGAGCUUUCUUUUCAGCAGAAUAUGGCAAUAAAAAUGCACUAAAUUAAGGUAAGCACAAAGACAGGAGAGCUGCAUGAUUUACUUUCUGGAAGCCUCAGCUUUCAACUCCUAAAAUGACUUAAUAUCUCAAUAGCAAAAUGGUAAGAGGAAAGAAGCCUUAGCAUUUAGUUUGCCAAGGAUGCCCUCACAUAAUCUUUGUAUAACAAGUGUCUCUACUGAAGUCUCCACCAUUUAGUUUCAGCUCUACUAUUGUAAAGAGGAACUGAACUUUUGUUCAUCUUUUACAAGUCAUUUGUUUUUUAUGUAUUACGGUUAUUUACGCCUCUCUCUCUGAUGUGAUACAAGCUCUAUGAGUCAGUACCAGAUCAAACAUGACGGUCUCCAUCCCCACAGAGUUCCAAGUCAUGUUUGCUGUGGAGCUGUGUGUCAGAGCUGCUUACACCAGACRACUCUGUGACAGCCUGUGAGGCUUCCUUUAUAGGACCAAAGUGACUGUUGGACACAACUGAGACAAUGAAUGUAUGGCACUAACUAAAAGUGAUGUAACAAAGAU